AUGAACAAGAAGGCGAAAACUGUUAUGAUCGACUAUUCGAUCACAAAAAUAUCGGAGAGGAACAAAAAAAAUGCUCGAUUAGCAGCAGUGUUCGCCGCCCUCUUCAUAUUGACUCUACUCAUUUCAAUAUCAUUCAUCACAAUUGUGGCAAUCCUUUCAGAUGGUUUCUCCACUCUUAUCUCAGGCUCUGAACUUUGCUCAAAUUCGGAUGGCGAUGGAUAUGAAUCAAAAUCAUCGAAUCAUAUCAAUUACGGAUCGUAUGGAUCCGAUAAUUCAACAUGUCUCACUCCGGAUUGUAUUCGAUUGGCUGCUAACUACUUGAAUAAUAUGAAUCGAGACGCGAAUCCGUGUGAAGAUUUCUAUGAGUUUGCAUGUGGAAAAUAUGCAACCAGGAAGGUGAUUGCGGAGCAUGAGAAGAAAGUUACAGUACUCAGCGAGAUGAAAAGAGAAAUGGAUCGGCAUCUGAAACAUAUUCUCGAAAAAUCAUCACGAGAGAACGCAACACGGUCAAUGAAACUCGCCCAAAUUCACUACGAUUCUUGUAUGGACGAAUUUGCUCAAGACGAUUUGGGAGUCCAACCUCUCAUGUCUCUGAUCUCGAAUCUCGGCGGAUGGCCUCUCCUGACGAACGCUCGGUUUGAUUCGAUCGAUUUCCAAUGGGAAGUACUUGCUGGUCAUUUGGCAUUACAUGGAGUUGAUGGAAUAUUCAGAGUAUUUGUUCAUUCUUCAUUCGAUGACAGUAACAAACAUGUUCUUAUGUUCUCACCACCGAAAUUGUUUUUGGAAAAGAAGAAAUUCUAUCGAGAAGUGCCUUCAUCUAAUGUCUAUCUACAGUACUACCGUCAAUACAUUCUGUCUCUUUUGUCCCUUUUGGGAGUUGAUAUGGAAGAUGAAACAGGAGUUAUUGAGUAUCAGGUCGAUGAUAUUAUUGACUUUGAGAGAAGAAUUGCUAAUCUGACCAGAAUCGAACUUUCUCGAAACCACAGUUCCAUCAACAACAUGAUUACAUUUGGAGAUUUCAAAAAGAAAUAUGAUAAAAUCAAUUGGGAGGCAUUUUUCAAUGAAGAAAUGAGAAGUAAUCUGGGUAGAAUGCCAGAUUCUCUUCUUAUAAAUGUCGUUGAUGUGAAUUAUUUUGAUAACUUGUAUUCACUUAUCAAAUCGAAACCAUUGAGUUCGAUCAACAACUUUUUGAUGUGGUGUUUGGUGUCAAAUUAUGAUUUUUAUCUUCCUGCCAAAUAUCGAAAACCAAUGUUGGAGUUCCGUCAGAAGAUGUAUGGAGUCAGUUCGGAUGAUCCAUUAUGGGAAGUUUGUGUUGGUGAAGUCCGUGAUAAUCUCGCAAUGCCUCUCUCCACUGAAUACGCUCAUAAGUUUUUCACCCAACGAGACAAGAAAAUCGCGGAAGACAUGAUUCGUGAUUUGAAGAAAGCAAUGGAACAAACACUUUUGAAUGCGGAUUGGAUUGACGAAUCGACAAGAGAAGCGGCAUUGAUGAAAUUAGACGCAAUGGGUCAUAAAAUUGGAUUCCCUGACUCUCUUCUGAAUGAAACUGCAGUGCUUCUACCGUAUGCAGGUGUCAGAUUGACCGCUAAUCAGUUCUUUGAUAAUGCAAUUUCUUUGAAAAAAGCUGCUUACAGAGAUGCUCUAUCAAAACUUCAUCGGACCCCAUCAGUUAUUGACUGGGCGUCUCCAAUAAUUGCAGUCGAUGCUUUUCACUAUUUCACUGGAAAUGAAAUCAUUUUCCCUGCUGGAAUCCUCCAAUUCCCAAUGUUCGUUCCUGAUGCUCCUUCUUUCUCGAACUACGGUGCAAUCGGAAUGGGAAUCGGUCAUGAGAUUACUCAUGGAUAUGAUGAUUUGGGUGCGCAAUACGAUGAUAAAGGAAAUCUUCGUGGAUGGUGGCAUACUGAAACAAUGACAACAUUUCAAAAGAAAAAGCAAUGUUUCGUCGCACAGUACGGUAGUAAAAUUGAGCCUCAAACUGGAAGAAAAGUCGAUGGAAAAAUGACAAUUGGAGAGAAUAUUGCUGAUAAUGGAGGACUUCGAGUGGCCUUUCAGGCUUAUCAGUUGAAAUUAGACAGGGAAAAGGAGACAAGAAGACUUCCAGGAAUGACAGAAUUCAGUCCAAAUCAGUUAUUCUUCUUAGCUUAUGCUAAUACCUGGUGUGAAGCUCUAAAGACAUCAGCAAUCGACCAUAUUAUGGAUACAGAUGUCCACUCUCUUGGAAUGUUCCGAGUGAAUGUACCUCUUCAGAAUCUUCCCGCGUUCUCCAAGGAAUUCGAUUGUCCCAUAGGAUCUCCUAUGAAUCCUUUCGAGAAAUGCCGAAUUUGGUAG